UUUUUUUUCAUGACAAGAGUAUCUAAAAAUAACCUCGGGGUCAUGUGACACUCGUGGUAGGCUCAAGGUCUGCGACGACAGUCUUUCACUAGCGCUGUACGAAAAUGGCGCACUUUGAUGCAGCUUUUGAUAAACAGUUUUUACACGAGUUUGGUUGAACGUGUCAAUACGAAGAGCCAAACACUCAGGUAUUGGACCAAUCGCAGUCAUGAUAACAAAAUUUACUCUCUCGUGUUUGCUUCUGGCUGUUUUAACCAAUGGAUCGGAGGAAUACGAUUUGCGUCCUCCGGAAAUGACGUCUUCGGUUACUGGCGAAAUUAAUUCAAAUUCGGGUUAUAAAAAUACCUGGUCUGAUAAUAAGUCAACCAAUCAAAAAGUUAAUAAUUUGAUUCGUAUGGUGAUCCCAUCCAACGAUGUUGCUCCUGUUCACGAUGUUGAUAAAAAAGACGCCGACCCCACAAAAAACAUUGAACUACAAAAGUCCUCACCUAGUCGCACUAACAAGCAAACACUGGACUUACAUGUCAAUAACAAAAUGACCUCUAACCUCAAAAACAACUACAAAUUAGAAUGUUUUCUUGAAGCUACAAAAAGCCCAGCAUGCAAUUCUACUUCCUACUGCAUAUAUUCGGGAUGUAGGUGCUACAACGAAACAAAUUGCUGUGAUUGCAGCGGCCUUCGCCUGACGUCCGUCCCUGACAAACUGCCGCCUAACAUAACAAAACUUGACCUGUACAACAACGAUUUAACUGAGAUAAAAUACAGUGCGUUUGGAAAUUACUCACGCCUUAAAAUAUUGCAUUUGAAUUCAAACAACAUUUCAAAGCUGAACGAAAGCUCGUUUUUGGGUCUGGAAAACUUGACGUUUCUCCGACUAGACGAUAAUUCCCUAGCGAUGACCCCUGACACGUUUCCCGUGGGUGUCUUCAAGCCUUUGGUGUCCCUCACGGCCUUGAGGUUGAAUAAAAACUUUAACUCGGCGGUAGGAGGGAACAAUUUUAGUUACCCAGAUUUAGCGCUAUCUGACUUGAAAAACUUGAAGGCGCUUUAUAUAGACGGGCUGACGAACGCGUCGUUUGGAGUGGGAUUUAGUAGGAUGACUUCAUUGGUCAACUUGACCGUGACUGGCUAUCUGGACGGAUACUGUAAUAUAACUAGUUUAAGCAACACGACAUUCCAGUACCUGGGACACAUCAAGGUCCUCAACCUCAGCAACUGCCACCUACGUGGGGGGCAUAUUGACAAGGAUGCCUUCACGCCUUUGGUGAGCCUAGAGAUGCUGGACAUCCACUACAACGAGGACAUUGGAAUCAAACACCUGCAGCAUAUCAUGCACGGGCUGAGGAACAACACGAACCUGUGGUGGCUGGACGUUAGCACCAUCGAGUGGCGCUACUCCACCGGAACUCAAGUCAAUGCCAGUCACGUGACCAACCUCCCCAAGUCCUUGACCACUCUCAAGGUCGCGGGGAACAGCAUUGAGAAGAUAGACAACGAUACGUUCGACCAUCUCCCCCCAAACUUAACUCUUCUGGACAUCGGAAAAAACCGAAUCGUGUUCGGGGUUUUCCUUGAAUUUCUCCCAAAACUGACCAAACUCCAGACUUUACUGAUCAACGGCGAAGAUUUCCUCUACAACAUCCCCACAUCAUACAAGAAAGAAUUCAUCGAACAUUUUCAUUCCAACCGCAAGAGGAGAAGCGUUGGGGAUGACAACGCUCUAGUAUUCCACCUCCCACCACAACUGUCCCGGAUAGAAAUGGUUAACGCUGAGUUGCAGUACCGUCUGUCACGGCUGACGAUAGACAGCAACAACUCCCUGACAGACCUUGUGUUGGACAGAAACUUUUUGCCUGAGCUGCAAGGUCCGUUCAUCGGCUUCAAUCAUUUGACCACUCUCAGUAUCUAUUCGAGCUAUGUUAGUUCCCUGGAGUGGACGUUUUUCUCCAAUUUCCCGCGUUUGGAGAAUCUUAACCUCGGCACAAACCUACUUGGGGAUUUUUUAAACACUCUUGACGAUCCUGUUUUCGCUAAUUUGACAAGUCUGAAAAAGUUAGAUCUUUCUAUUAACACCAUUCAAAAUUUAAGUUAUGGUUUAUUCAUCGGUCUCAAUAAUCUUACUAUUCUAGAUCUGUCAAACAAUCGUCUUUCGGAAUUUAAUGUAAAUAUCAGUGGGAUGAAAAACUUGAGACUGUUAAAUCUGAGUCACAAUUCGAUCUCGUCACUUCCUGAUGACGUGAUGGAAAGCAUUGAUUGGCUGAUUGACCACCAGAUACCGGUUGAGGUGGAGCUUAACAACUGCCCUAUUCUUUGCACGUGUCAAAACUUGAAAUUCCUAACCUGGAUGGUCAAGUCUCCGGGCUUUAAGUCGUUCAAGAACUAUAUCUGUGCUCACGACGAUGUGUACGUACGCUUGACCGACGGCUACAACAAAACCGUGGAGCUGCUGAACAAAGAGUGCGCAUCCAACGAGAAGCUCUUCCUGUUUGUUGUUGCCGCCACGCUGCUCGUGCUGAUUGCUCUCAUCGGUCUCAUGAUCUUCCGCUUCCGGUGGAGCCUGCGGUACCUGUACCACGCGGCGAUGCUGAACUUCCAUAGACGACACGAGACAAAAGGCAACAAAUUUGACUAUGACGUUUUUAUCUCCUACGCCAACCCGGAUGAACUUUUCGUCCUUGAGAUUGUCGAGCCGGAGCUAGUCAAAAGAGGGGUCAAAGUUCACAUCCACGGGCGCAACUUUGUGGCGGGAAACUUUAUCGCCUCCAACAUCGUGAGCGCCGUCAGCAUGUGCCGUAGGACCUUGGUCAUCCUGACCGGGAACUUCUGCAAGAGUCACUGGUGUAAAUACGAGGUCCAGAUGGCUAACAUGGAGUCGGUCCACGACGGACGUCCGGUGCUGAUAUUCCUGGUCAAAGAGAACAUGGCGGCCAAGAACCUAGGCGAGCUCAUGUCCUUCCUCCGCUGCAACACUUACGUCCCCUACCCACAGGGGGAGCAACUCUCGGAGCGGGAGAUGAAGGCCAUGUGGGACAAAUUGGCGCAGGACCUGCGCUAGCUGUAGGACCUCAGCGAUGACAUUCAGGUCUAGAUCGUCUCAUGGAGAACAUUUAGGUCUAGAUCGUCUCAUGGAGCUAAUACGCUGGCUGAAGGACAUUCAGGUCUAGAUCGUCUCAUAGAGGACAUUUAGGUCUAGAUCGUCUCAUGGAGCUAAUACGCUGGCUGAAGGACAUUCAGGUCUAGAUCGUCUCAUUGAGGACAUUUAGGUCUAGAUCGUCUCAUGGAGCUAAUACGCUGGCUGAAGGACAUUCAGGUCUAGAUCGUCUCAUAGAGGACAUUUAGGUCUAGAUCGUCUCAUGGAGCUAAUACGCUGGCUCAUAGUUUGGAGGACAUUCAUGAUGUCCUAUUGCUGGCCUUCCAGGAUCCUCUACACCACAGUACUUGAAUGGCAAAUACCCUUGAGCUCUAGCAGUCAUUAUUUUCGUGUGCCGACAGCCAUCCUUGCAAGGUUCACACAACAAUGUAACUGGAUAUCAUUUAUAGCCUCGGGCAUAUUGCUUCAUCAACCGUAUAAACGGGUCCUUCAAAGAAAAAUAUUGGAUUACUAAUCAGGCGUAUCGUUUUACCACAUACGAUGCCCAUUAAACCAGUGAUAACAAAAACAAUUAAACUGUUUGGAGUUUAAAUCAAAAUCGAUGUUACAAAGGAAAACAAGGUUUUUUUUAAGCUUUGACAACCUUUUGACAGCCUCUUGACCGUUGUGUGAUUUCUUAUU